AUGGAAGUUCCCGACCCCGCCUCAGCAGUCGAGCAUUUCCCGCCAGCGUUCAUCAGUCGUCCCGGUCCUGCGUGUGGGUUAGGGGAACGGAACUUCCAGAUCGAUGUCUGCGGCAAGUAUGAAUUUGUUAGCAAUCCUUCAUUUGUUGAUGCGCUAUGCGUUUCCAGCCCACCGACAACUGACUUAUCGCUCCUGGACGAUAAAAUCACUGACUCUCGCUACCAUCACAGCACUCUCACAAGACGACAUCUUUCCUCAACUGACACUUCAACAUUCAACGUGACACCGGGACGCAUCGAAGGAUGCUCUCUACCUCCCCGCCGCAGUCGAGCAUUUCCAGCCAGCGGCCACCAGUCGUCCCGGUCCUGCGUGCGGAUGCGAGGGACGGAGCAUCCAAAAUCCCAGAUUAGCCCGUCGACCAAUCCGAAGACGAAUAACGUUCUUGACCAUGGACAUGAUAUACAUCUUUAUUACCAAAACGUGGGUGGUAUGAACGCUAGCGUCUCCGACUACUUACUAGCAUGCGCCGACAGUCCAUAUGACAUCAUUCUUCUGAACGAAUCCUGGCUCGACAAUCGAACACUAUCUAGUCAAAUCUUCGGACCCAAUUACGAAGUUUUUCGUUGUGACCGGAACCUUAAAAAUAGUCGCGAAACUUCUGGUGGUGGAGUUUUGAUCGCAGUUCACCGUCAUUUCAGUGCUUCUAUUCUCGAACACGAUGAUUGGUCGACCGCCGAACAGGUGUGGGCAACAAUUAAACUCGUGGACCGCACGUUAUUUUUGUGUGCUGUCUAUGUUUCUCCUGAUCGUACCCGCGAUACAGACUUUCUUCGCGCACACAUGUCUUCGCUUAACACCAUCAUCUCGCAGACGUCCGCGGUGGAUGACGUUAUUAUCUUAGGCGAUUUUAAUUUACCUGGUAUCACUUGGCAAGAGCGGGAUAAUGGUUUCAUGUACGCCGAUUUUGGCUCGCUCAGCUUGUCACCAGCCACUAACGAAUUGCUAGAUGGCUACAGUACCGCUACUCUUCAGCAAUGCAACAGAAUCACCAACGAAAAUGGGCGCUUUUUGGAUCUCUGUUUCGCUACUGUGCGCUGCCAAGCUCCUGAAGUUACAUUGGCUCCUUCUCCGCUCGUUAAACACGUCCUGUAUCACCCGGCCUCGCUGGUGUCUGUCCAUCAGAAAAUCUCCUGUGCCGAGACUACGGCAACGACAUCCGUUUACUACGAUUUCGCCCACGCCGAUUUCGAUAAUAUCAACGUAUUGUUGUCUGAAACCGACUGGAAUACGGUUCUGGACACAGACGACGUCAAUGCCGCCGCCUUAACUUUUUCCCAUAUUCCUAAUUACGUCAUUGAUCGACAUGUACCGAUAAAAACUUACUCCGAUCAACAGCGAUUGCCCUGGCUGAACACUACGCUACGACGUCUGAAAUCAGAGAGGAAAGCGGCCUUGAGAAGGUUCCCAAAAUACAGAACUCUACCUCUACGGAACCACUACCUAUCGAUCAACACUCGCUAUAAACAGCUAAGUCGUUCCUGUUUUCGAGGCUUCCUUCGGAAUGUCGAGCGUAAGCUCAAACGUAACCCCAAAUCAUUUUGGAAAUAUGUAAACGAACAGCGAAAAGACGGCGGCCUACCACCAAGCAUGUUCUUAGACGGUGAUACAGCGAAUAGUGUCGAACAGAUCUGCCAACUAUUUUCGCGGAAAUUCUCUAGCGUGUUUGUAGACGAAAGGUUAAUGACGGACGAAAUUACUUCUGCGACGGCACGUGUUCCUUUUCUCGGUCAUGCAUUGACUAACAUUUCCAUCGACGUUAGCAUGGUUACAUUAGCCGCCUCGAAGCUCAGGUCUUCCAUAUCCGCUGGGCCAGAUGGCAUACCGUCCUUUUUCCUGAAAAACUGUAUCAGUAGUCUGGCUGCUCCAAUGAGUAAUCUCUCCAAUAAAUCCAUCAGCUCGGGUGUUUUCCCCUCGAUCUGGAAAUCGGCAUACAUGUUUCCAGUACAUAAGAAAGAGAACAGAAGAAACGUUAAUAACUAUCGAGGAAUCUCAGCGCUUUGCUCUAUCCCGAAGCUUUUUGAGCUCAGCGUGUUCGAACCCACUUUCUCGUUCUUCAAGCAGUACAUCGCAGACGAACAACACGGUUUCAUGCCCAAGCGAUCUACGGCCACGAAUCUCCUGUCGCUCACAUCUUACGUAAUGAACAGCUUCGACGACCAGUCUCAGACGGACGUUAUCUACACGGACCUUUCCGCCGCCUUUGACAAACUGAAUCACGAGAUCGCCGUUGCGAAGCUUGAAACGCUCGGCAUUGGAGGCCCCCUACUACUAUGGUUUAAAUCCUACUUGACUGAUCGGCGAUUAGCAGUGAACAUCGACGGAGUUUCUUCGAAUUUGUUUUCCGCUCAUUCCGGCAUCCCUCAAGGUAGCCACCUCGGGCCACUGAGUUUUCUUAUUCACCUGAACGAUGUCAACUUCUGGCUGCAGGGCCCUCGACUGUCCUUCGCCGACGAUCUGAAGCUGUUUGCAAAAGUGAAGGUCCCAUCAGAUGCCGCUGCGCUCCAGGAGCAGUCAUCGAUUUUCGCGAAAUGGUGUGUCGACAAUCGCAUGCAAUUGAACGUCGACAAAUCUUAG